UGCGUCAGUGCGCAGGCGCGAACAUAGUCCUCUCCGCGGCGCAUGCGCAGAGUGACACCAUUCGGCGACUGCUGCUCAGGGGAGACGGGGUUCUUCGUCAGAAUUAAUGGUUUCCAUCUAUUUACUUGCUACCUACAGCUGGACGUUACCAUCACAAUCCAAGAAAUGUCAGCCCAGAUCCCUGUCACAUUCUGCGAUGUUGCAGCUUCUUUUACAGAGGACCAGUGGCUGCGUCUGGAUGGAUGGAAGAAGGUGUUCUAUCAAAAUGUGAUUAAAGAAAUCCAUGAAGUUUUAUUGACACUAGGUUAUACAAUUACAAAUCCAGAUGUUAUUUUUAACAUUAAUAAAGCGAAAAAACCCUGUGUUCGCAUUGACUCUUCAUCUGCGGAAAGGAAAUGCACACCUGUUGGAGACACUCCUGAUCUUUUAGUAAGGAUUAAAGAAGAAACUCCAGAACAGACAACUUGCAGUGACGAAAAAAUGGGUGUGAAAGCAUAUCCUGUCGUUGGCUCUGAUGUAUCUUUAAACAUCAGAGAACAGGCAACAAGUGAGAAAUGCUGUCUGAGUACAAAAGCUAAGCCAAUAGCCCCUAUUUUGCUGAAAGAAGAGGAAGACAAUCGCAAACGUGGUAAACAAUCAGCAGUUAAUGUCAGCACUGUUUCUGUAGAAGUACAAGUCCCAGCUAUGGUGAAACAAGAGGCCAGGCUUCAAGAACAGUUGCAGUCAACUGGACAUGGUGACACAGUAAAUGACGAGGCAGGAAUAGGUAAAACUGUUCCUGUUGUGGUAAAGGAAGAGGAUGCUGAUGUUGUUCCUACAGAAAUACAAUCUACAAGUCACAGCAAUACUGCAAUUUGGCCUGCUGUGGUGAAACAAGAGGAGAACGUUCUCUUUGAGGAAAUAUCACUUACAGGCCGCAGUAGCACAUUUAAUAUUGUGGUGAAACAGGAGGAGGUCGAUUACAAUGAAAUGCAGUCUACAGGUCACACUAACAGCACAGCGAAAAUGUUGGCUCGCCUUCAAAACCAUUCUGUUGAGGAUACGAUUUCUGAGGAGCAUCAUAACAUAAACACACUCCGAAAAACAAUGUCUGACAUCGCAACCAUUCGCACAUUUUUAACAGAACUGAAAGAAAAACGUGACAUACAGAAUAUCCCUCACCAGGAGUUAGAUUCACUUAUGUCCCGUUUCAUCACUGCAGCACGUCGACAAGAUGGACGACAGUAUGAGCCUCAUACACUACGCUGCAUGAUAGGAAGCCUAGAUCGGUAUUUGAAAAUGCAUAAAUACCCUUAUAAUAUUCGCUUUGGUGAAUCGAGAGAUUUCCCAUUAACUAGAGAAUCUUUAAAUGUGAAACAGAAAAUCCUUAAAAAGGAAGGAAAAGGUAAGCCAUCCAAAAGACCUUCAGUUCUUACAGAUGAAGAUAUAGAACAUUUAUAUACAUCUGGCAUCUUAUCUAUGGACAAUCCAACCAGCCUGUUAAAUCUGAUACUUUUUAAUAAUGGCAUACACUUCGGCUUUCGUAUUCGAGAACAAUACGACCUCCGCUGGGGAGAUAUUAUGCUUUUAACAGAUACUGCGGGUAAUAAAUAUCUUGAAUUUAAUGAACAUCAAACUAAAACAUGUUCUGGUGAAAAUCCUGCAAACUUCAAGCGAGUGAAACCUCGGAUAUACUCUACAUUGCAAAUUCCUAGCAGAGACCCAGUUGCAGCUUAUAUAAAAUAUGCAAACAGUAGACCUAAAUCUAUGAUGACUCCAGAUUCUCCGUUUUAUCUAGCACCAAAUGUAAAUUAUAAACCAUUACACUCUCGGUGGUUUCAUUCAAUGAAAAUAGGUAUAAACAAAAUGCGUCGUCUGAUGAAGCAUAUGAGAUAUGACUCAGUGUUACCACGAAACAAGAAACUAACUUACCAUUCAACUUGGAAAACCACCGUCCAAAAACCAAUGGAGAGUCAUUUACAGCCUCCAGAAAAAAAUCAAGUUUCUGCUCACAGGAGUCUGCAAAGAAUCAACCAUUACUCUUCUUUAACAGAGAGGAAACAACACCAGAGAUCUGGCUUUCUCCAAACACCUUCAACAUCUGCUUCAUCAGACCGUCUGCCCAUCCAAACCAUGCCUAAUCUGUUCACCUCACCGUUUGCGGUGCCAUCUGAUUCUUCAGAUACAAUGAUUUCCAAAAGAAACAGGUUAAAUGCAGUUAUCUGGGAAAACUGUCUGUUGAGGAACUCCGAUGUAAACCUAAAUGUUUAUAAUCACACAACUCCUGAUUCUUACAAAAAACGUAAGAGAGAGAUGUAGGACAUUCAGAGUGACUUUUUUUAACUUAUUUUUGUGUGUUCUAGUGGUUUAGCUGUUGCAAUAUUUCUGUUGAAUUUAAUAUGAUUAAAAUAUAAAACAUCGCUACUAAAUAGCUAUUUUUAUUUAUUAAUAUUAAAACUUUCUUUAAAUUAUUCAAUACUGUGUAUUGUAUGGAAUGAAUUACCCUACUCCCAAUUGAUAAUUACGAACGAUAGAAGGUCACUGAAUACCGAGAUGGCAGUCGAUCUUGUCCUCUUGGGGUCCUGAAUUUAUAUCUUUAUAAUAUUCAGUUGGGGGUAGUAAAUUCCAUAGAUAAGUGUUGUACGUAGCUGGAUACUGAUUGUGUGCCUCUCACAUUUUCUUCUAUAUUAAAUACGCAAAUGUAGGAAUGCCAUUCCAGCUUUUGAAAGCUUUCAAUUCCUUUAAACUGUGAGCUCAUUUGAGCAGAAUCGUCUUUGCUUUUUGUUUGUAUCUAAGCGUCUAAUGUCAUCAACUGCUUGUAUAUGUCUGCCCAUUUUACAGUGUUAGAAAACAUUAGUGUGUUAUAAAAUAAACAUAUUCAGACAUGUGAGGCACUGGACAUUAUUCACUCUGUAUGGUAAAAUGUGCAGUGCACACCCAGCUCUGAGUAAUAAGAAUCUUAGUCACUCAUGAGCUGCUUAGGUCUCUAAAUCAAAUAAAUCCCAUUUACUUUCCUCUCAAUUCUGACAUUGGUUCUUAUAAGACAGACAAAAAAACAACAAACAGA